CCCCGAGGGUUGUUGUGGUGGGGGCGGGGAGCGGCCGCAGCCAUGGGGGAAGCCGAGAAGCUUUUCUAUGUGUACAGCUGCGACCUGGACAUCAACGUGCAGCUGAAGAUAGGAAGUCUGGAAGGGAAAAGAGAACAGAAGAGUUACAAAGCUCUCUUAGAAGAUCCAAUGCUGAAGUUCUCGGGACUGUAUCAAGAAACUUGCUCUGACUUGUACGUAACUUGUCAGGUGUUUGCAGAAGGGAAGCCUCUUGCUCUUCCAGUUAGAACUUCCUACAAGGCUUUUAGCACUAGGUGGAACUGGAAUGAAUGGCUGAAACUGCCAGUGAAGUACCCGGACUUGCCUCGCAAUGCACAGGUGGCUCUGACCAUCUGGGAUGUGUAUGGACCUGGUAAAGCAGUUCCUGUGGGAGGAACAACAGUCUCGCUCUUUGGGAAAUAUGGUAUGUUUCGUCAGGGAAUGCAUGAUUUGAAAGUCUGGCCCAAUGUAGAAGCUGAUGGCUCAGAGCCCACCAAAACUCCUGGGAGAACCAGCAGCACAGUCUCCGAAGAUCAGAUGAGCCGCUUGGCUAAGCUCACCAAGUCUCAUCGGCAAGGUCACAUGGUGAAGGUGGACUGGUUGGACAGACUGACCUUUAGAGAAAUAGAAAUGAUCAAUGAGAGGGAAAAACGAAGUUCUAAUUUUAUGUACCUGAUGAUUGAAUUCCGUUGCGUCAAGUGUGAUGAUAAAGAAUAUGGAAUAGUUUACUACGAAAAGGACGGUGAUGAGUCGUCUCCAAUUUUAACAAGUUCUGAAAUUGUUAAGAUUCCAGAUCCCCAGAUGUCAAUGACAGUGCCUAAGUACAGUUCUAGAAAAGAUUUCCAUUAUUGUGGAUGCCAAUUCAGUGGGACUGGUAUUGGCAGCUUUGGGAACCUUAAUGAGAACUUAGUAGAAAGCAAACAUCACAAGCUUGCUCGAAGUUUAAGAAGUGGACCUUCUGAUCAUGAUCUGAAGCCUAACGCAGCUACGCGAGAUCAGCUGAAUAUCAUAGUGAGCUAUCCACCAACAAAGCAGCUAACGUACGAGGAACAGGAUCUAGUUUGGAAAUUCAGAUAUUACCUUACUAAUCAGGAAAAGGCUUUGACAAAGUUCUUGAAAUGUGUCAACUGGGACCUACCACAAGAAGCAAAGCAAGCACUGGAACUGCUGGGCAAAUGGAAGCCCAUGGAUGUGGAAGACUCUCUAGAACUUCUGUCAUCUCACUUCUCCAACCCAACAGUCCGGCGCUAUGCUGUUGCCAGGCUUCAACAGGCUGAUGAUGAGGAUUUGCUGAUGUACCUGCUGCAGUUAGUCCAGGCACUGAAAUAUGAAAACUUCGAUGACAUAAAGAAUGGACUGGAACCUAGCAAGAGGGACAGUCAAGGUUCAAUGUCAGAAAGCAUGUCAACAUCAGGAACUAAUGGUGCAGAAAUAGACAGUUCCCAGAUAAUGAGUCCUGUUCCACCUGUGUCCUCGCCACCUCUUACUUCUAAGACAAAGGAGCUUGCAGACAGUGAAAACCUCGAUCAAGACCUUUGCACUUUCUUGAUAUCACGGGCAUGCAAAAAUUCCACGUUGGCAAACUACUUGUACUGGUAUGUAAUAGUGGAGUGUGAAGACCAAGACACUCAGCAGAGGGACCCAAAGACUCAUGAAAUGUACUUAAAUGUGAUGAGAAGAUUUAGUCAAGCUUUGCUGAAGGGUGAUAAGUCUGUCAGAGUUAUGCGUUCGCUGUUGGCAGCCCAGCAGACAUUUGUGGAUCGGCUAGUUCAUGUAAUGAAAGCAGUGCAGCGUGAAAGUGGGAAUCGUAAGAAAAAGAAUGAGAGGCUUCAGGCGUUGUUAGCAGACAAUGAAAAGAUGAAUUUAGCAGAUAUGGAACUUAUUCCACUCCCUCUGGAACCUCAAGUGAAAAUUAAAGGAAUAAUCCCUGAAAAAGCCACACUCUUCAAGAGUGCCUUAAUGCCCGCUCAGUUGUUCUUCAAGACAGAAGACGGAGGCAAAUAUCCUGUAAUUUUUAAGCAUGGUGAUGAUUUACGUCAAGAUCAACUUAUUCUUCAAAUUAUUUCACUCAUGGAUAAGCUGUUAAGAAAAGAGAAUCUGGAUUUGAAGCUGACACCAUAUAAAGUGCUGGCAACUAGUACAAAACACGGCUUCAUGCAGUUUAUUCAGUCAGUACCAGUUGCAGAAGUUCUUGCUACUGAGGAAAGUAUACAGAACUUCUUCAGAAAACAUGCACCUAGUGAGACUGGUCCUCAUGGAAUAAGUGCAGAGGUGAUGGACACGUAUGUGAAGAGCUGUGCUGGUUAUUGUGUAAUUACUUACAUCCUUGGAGUUGGAGAUAGACAUCUGGAUAAUCUUUUGCUAACAAAAACAGGUAAACUCUUUCACAUUGACUUUGGUUAUAUUUUGGGUCGGGACCCCAAGCCUCUACCUCCCCCAAUGAAGCUGAAUAAGGAGAUGGUGGAAGGUAUGGGAGGCACACAGAGUGAACAGUACCAGGAGUUCCGUAAGCAGUGCUACACAGCCUUUCUCCACCUCCGCAGGUAUUCCAACUUGAUAUUGAACUUGUUUUCCCUCAUGGUGGAUGCCAACAUUCCAGAUAUUGCUCUUGAACCUGACAAGACUGUAAAAAAGGUGCAGGACAAGUUUCGUUUGGACCUGUCUGAUGAAGAAGCUGUCCAUUAUAUGCAAAGUCUAAUUGAUGAAAGUGUCCAUGCCCUCUUUGCAGCAGUGGUGGAGCAGAUACAUAAGUUUGCACAGGCACAGCAGCUUGCACAGAAGGGGCCAGGAACUCUUCACAUUACAGCAUCUGUAUCUCCUGCAGCAUUGCACUGUACCACAGAACAUGAUCCCCACCGGCUAUGUGAACAUUUAUCCCUUGUGUCAGAGGCCUCAACACAGAUGGAGAUCCUGAGGGAUAAUGCAGUUUUUCAGAUUUGGGGCUGUAGGAGGUGGCUCAGACCUCUCACUGGGACAGUGGGAAUUGGGCUCCUUGCUUGUAGGAAGUGUGCAGUGCUGGAGCGUGACCAGCAGGUUGAGGGAGGGGAUUCUCCUCCUCUACUCAGCUCUGGUGAGGCCCCAUCUGCAGUCCUACGUCCAUCUCUGAGGCCCCGUCAUAAGAAAGACAUGGACCUAUUGGAGCAAGUCCAGAGGAGGCCACAAAGAUGCUGCAAGGGCUGGAGCACCUCUGCUACGGAGACAGGCUGAGAGAGCUGGGCUGGUUCAGCCUGGAGAAGAGAAGGCUCCGGGGAGACCUUAGAGCAGCUUCCAAGUACCUAAAGGGGUGUUGGAACUAGAUGAUCUUUAAGGUCCCUUCCAACCCAAAGCAUUGUGUGAGUCUAUGAUGAAAACCAGGAAACUUCAUCUAUACAUAAAGAAAUUGUGAUUUUUAAUGUGAGGGUAAUCAGACACUGGGAGAGGUUUCCCAGAGAGGUGGUGGAGUCUCCUUCUGUGGAGGUGCUUGGAAUCCAAUAGCACAAUAUGCUGAGCAACUAGUUGUGUUUGAUCCUGUUUGAGAAGGGAGAUUGGACUAAUGGCCUCCAGAGUUCCCAUCUCACGCAUUAUCUGAUUCUUGCUAACGGUCUGGGGUGGCAAUAAAUUACUGUCUCUGCUAUUUUUAUUAUUUCAAUUUAUUCUUGCUCUAGUAUGGAAAAUGAGAUGUUUAACCACAUGUAUGUGUGCUGUGUUACUACAAGCCACAGUAAGACAAUAAGGUGUUUGCCUUUCAUGUUGAAUACAACUCUGUGCACAAAAGCAUUUCUUCUUUGAAUUGGCAAUGUUUUUUCCCUAAAGCCAUCUGACAUACUUAGUUUGUGUUUAUCGUGGAUUUUAGAUAUUACACUGUUUGCCUUAAGUCUUAGACUCAUGACAAGAAAUGGAAUUGAGAGGAAAAAUGAAACUGGUCUGAAAAGCCAGUCAUUAUCCCAGGGUUUUUUCAUUGAUUUUUUUUCUUCAAAAGACUGAUCAAAUUCUGAUAUAAGCUGAGGAGAACUAUUUUCAUGGCUAUCCAUUUUGCUAAAGGUCUCCCAACUAAUCUGUUGUUUCUUGCAAACUUAAUUUUUAUUUUGAAGAAUUACACAGUCCUGCAAGGUAAGAAGCAAAAAUGUAAUUUCCAUCUGCAUAUAUAUUUAAUAAAGAUGAUCUUUCACAUGAUGUGAAAAAAAUGAGUGUAAUUAUAUGAAAAUGUUGCAAAAUUUGUUGUCAUUCAUUAUGGAUUACUUUGAGCAUAGGGUGGAGGACAGUAAUUUAGUAAGAUAAAGUGAAAAAUUUUUAGCAUAUACCUUGGGGUUCAAGCAGAAAUAAUUACAAAGAUUCAAGAUGAAAAUUUUAAAUGUUUCCAAUAUGUGUGCAGACCUUUAUUUUAAUCACAUACUGACAGUCACUUUUAUAAAGACAUGGUUUUUUCUUCAUGGGUUUUAGAUGACUGCCAGCCUCUCCCUUGCAAUUGUUACUGCAUUUGUGAAGCCGUAUUACUAAGUCAGAGUUUACAGGUUUGAUUUAGGUGACCUUUUCUUUUUCCGUUCAGACUUGUUCUUGCUUGACCUUUCUUCAGCACUUACAACUGCUUUUAAAGUCACAGGAUAUAUUUGUUCAGAAUACUUAAAAGUACGCAAGAAUUUGACCCCAGGCUUACAGCUCCGAGGAACGGUGUUCUAAGCAACAGGCUGAUACAUACAGCAUGCAGCAGACACCGAUUGCAUCUUCCAUUCAUAUUUUGGGGAGUUAAAAAUCAAGCCCACAGUGUGUGUUGCACUUUGGGUACCAAAUAAGCCGAUGUGACAGCCACUGGUGCAGGCCUCAUCCAGUUGUCUCAUUAUGAGGUUUUUACCUCCCCAGCUGGCUGAUGCUGAGUUCCAGCUUGGAGACUUUAGGGGUGUUUCUCCUGAGGCCCUGAACUCUCCUCAUGCACUGUUGCAGAGUUUGCUGCCUCGUGCUUUUAGCUUUCCUUUCUACUUUUGGGGUUAGCUAGCUAAGAUAAAAACCAUAGUUGCUUUUUAAGUGCAUAAGGCACCUCUUGGCUCCAUGUGGUGUAAGAUUGGAGUUCAGAUUAUUGCCUUCAUUCAUGUUCUACAAACAGUUACAUUUGCAGGCUUCCCCCUGCUUGUAUCUGUGUGGAGGACAAAAACAAAAGUCACAAGUUAAUCAGCAGUUCACAGGUCUUAAGAAUCUGAGCUUUAUUUAUGUAUUUUUAAAAAACUUAGAACUAAUCCAUUGAAAUUAAAUGUAAUUAACGCUUUUUCUCUUUAUAUUGCAAGUGAGAUAAGACACUUUAUAGUGAUACUUAGUAAUUCAUUAUUCAAAAUCAUUAUCUUUUUUGUCUGAGGCGGUCUUAAGAAUGUGCCAGAGUCGUCAGAGUCUGUAGAUUGUUGAACAAUUGAACAAAUAAUGCAAGUCAUUCACCUUGUUCUAAAGGGGUUGUCCUGCACAGAGGCUAACUGAAGAGGCCAGUGGCCUUGCUCUUAAUAGUAAUGUAAGCUGUCUUAAAAAACCCCGACCAAACAAUACAUAAGUAUUACAGUACAUGCUUAAACAGCAGAUUUUGGCCUCAUGCCAUGCAUUUUUUCGUUUGAAAUGCCCUUCAACAUGGUUUUUUUGUUUUGUUUUUCAGUAGGUAUUUGCCCUCUUACUGCCUCCAAAAAUAGGUCAACAAGGAAUCUGUGCUGUCUACUGCAGCAGUUAAGAGCUUUUUAAUAAGGCUGAUUAUUAUAUUAACUAUGUGUACCAGUAUUCUGUAUGUCACUCUAUAGUAAGUAAAGCUCUUAGAUAAAGCAAUUUAGAUAUUUCGGUAUCAGCUUGGUAUUGUUCUUUUGUAACACUAGAGUAAAUUGAGUUUAGUUCAAAACUGUGGUAUGAAGCCUUUAGUUUAGUUUCUGAUGUAUCUCUAAUCCAUUAUAUUGUCAGAUAUUUUACAGACCUUUUUAUGUUGUACUUGUCUCCUUAACGGUUAUCAAAAAAAUGUUGUCUCAAAAAGUAAAUAUAUUUAACAUUUAGAAUAAGCUAAUAGUGUUGUACAAUAGUGCUCAAGAGGAGAAAAAGUGCAUAGUAAUUUUAGUUGGUACUAAUGAAGACUGGAUAGUCAUUUCUCCCUGGAGGGUCAUUUUCAUUUUAGCAGCAUUAUUUAUUUCUACAGAGGAAGGAAACAAUCUUCAGUUGAAGUGACUAAUUUCACAUUUUAUUUUGCUUGUGAAGUUAGAAGUCAACUCAGUUGCAUUUCAGGGCUCAUGUUAAGCAGUGUUUAAAAAAGGGAAAGACUGGGGGAUAAGGAAUGUCCCACCUAAAAUGUAGCUGUGCAGUUUGGGGUUGUACUAAUGCUUGGCUGCUCUCUGCUUAGGAGCAAACUCAAUUUAAGUUGUAAAUGUUCUGUGGUUUUAUAAUAUCUCCAAGCUGUGGUCCCAGUGCUGCUGCAUCCCAGAAUGCAGCUGUGGUUCAUUUCCCUCAGGACCACAGGCUUCUGUUUCCUCCUAAUGGAUGUCAAAAUAGAAAUGGGAACAUCUACCAGCAGGAUUGUGUAGAUUGGAUGAAAACAUUUGUUAAGGGGCAGAUAGAGCUGGUUCCCAUGCUGUUUAUUCACCUGAAGGGUUGUGAAAAUUGCCUGCCUUUAGGCAUUUCACCAUGUUUUUAAACAUGUUCAAUUUACGUGUAACUUAAGAGUACACCACUUUGAGAGCAAACCAAGUUAAAUAAAUGCUGUGCUGUGUGUUUUUUGUUUUCUUUUAGUAUUGGAGAAAAUAAGCCUUUUGCCUACCUGUGGUGGAAAAAAGCAAAUGCUCAAGAAAGAGACUUUCUCAAGCCCUUGUGGACUUCACCAGUUUUGGAAGGCAAAAGCUGCAGGUUUGGUAGCAUUGAGAAUAGAGAGUUCAGGAGGUAGAGAAGCUUUCUGAGUCUCUGUUCACUGAAGGUUUAAAACCAGCCAUUAUUAAAAGGAAAAUGGUUGUUUAUACCGUCCUUGGGGCUCAGAUGCUGUGGCAUUUUUUUCCACUGAAAACAUUUGAGCCUCAAAGGCUCAAGCCAAAGGUAACUGGAAUAGGCUGUGGUAAAUUCUUGCACCUGCUAAUAUACUUUCUUAUUUAAAAAUAAAAUCACUGCUAUACUGAACACAAGUAUGUACAAAGUUACAGCAGUGAGGCUGCAGUUCCUCCAUGCAGAAACCCCACAAAACUAUGGCAAUCCCCUUUCUUCCCUUCCCACCAACUUUGUUCCUUGUGUAAGUUCUAAAUGUAAUUCAUAUACUCCUUUAUUUCCCACCUUGGGCAAUGUUACCAUUUAGAAAGGACAAGCGUUUCUUCCCUGCUUGCAAAAACGUUUUUAAGUGCUGAUAAGUUAACCAGCUCUAGGCAGCCAAUUAAAUCAUCACUAACAGGCUCAGCAACCAGAAUACCCAGUGAGCGGUUCAGUAUUUCACACUUUAACUCUGAAUGUUUUCUGUACAGUGAUUAUAUAUUCUUGACUCUAAUAAACUCUUUGUUGUUGCAGUCUU